AUGGUCUCCAACACUGAGUAUCAACUUUCAGUGUUGCUGAGAAGCCCGCGCUUCAAGGAGGCGCUUCUCCCACUACUUUCGCCAUCAGACCUCUGCGCCCUGAGGACGACCUCCAAGACAAACUCGGCUCUGAUGACAAAAGAUAUCUUCACUAGAGUCCAUGUCUCCUUCACGGCCCAUUCAUUUACAAAGCAGUCCCGCCUCAACGCUCUGGCUAGGAUAGGCGGCCAUGUUGAACACCUCACGUUCCAUUUUCCGCACUCUGACGCCACCUUCCUCCCUCCGCUCAUCCACCCUCAAAGCGGCAAGGAGAUUCAUUUUCUAUACACGCCACACACGAGCAUGACCUCGUGCCUCACCCGUCCCAAGUACGCCAACUCGGAGCUGGGUGACAUCCUCACGGCCCAAUACCCACCCCUCUUCCACUCGGCAACCAAUGUCCCGUCCUUCAUUCAUGCACUCAAAGCCCUGCCCAACAUGCGCCACCUCACGGUGAGGUGUCCAGGGCAGGACCAGCGAGAGCGCUACAGGAGGAAUAUUGUCGACUAUGCACUCAUCUCCCUCCGCAUCGCCAUUGAGCGUGCGCCGCUGGAGAAGCUCCACAAGCUGAGCUUGUCGAGCCUGCAUCCAUCAUCACUAAACUACCUGCGUCACGUCCCUGGAUUUGGAUCGCUACCCUCGAGCGGCAGGAGAUGGCGCCAGAUCACGAAGCUCAACAUGUCCAUCGAAGCAUGGGAGUUCCACUCGUCUAGUCCCGGCCUGGACCACCUGAAGAUCUUGGAUGACUACAUCCGUCAUCUUGCUCCUCAGUUGGAGAAGCUUAGCUUCACAUGGCUCGGAACCAAGGGUCCUUGUCCCAUUGCUUUAAGCGCGGACCCGCUCUUUGCCCCGGCCAAAUCGUCCAAGAAGCUGUUCCACGAGGUCACGAGUCCCAUGUCGCCUCUCCCAGAGCGACCGACCAGAAAGGACAUGUUCUUCCCCAAACUCAAAUACCUCCAGAUCAGGAACGCCAGUAUGCAAGCGGAACAGCUCAGGGACGUCAUUGAAAGACAUCGCGACAACGUGCGCGAGUUCGACUUUAGAGAAGUCGUUCUCCUCAAUAAGGGGGAUUGGGAUGACGCCUUGAGGCCCCUGGAGGAUGGAUGGUCCAGGCGCUCCAUGAGCGUGCACAGCUCCGAAAGGAGCGGCUACACAGGAAGCACCGUGGUGGAUGAUGACUACAGUGAUCUUCCCAGCCCCAGCGCGGCCGUGGAGGCGGCCAGUCGUGAGUUGUUGGACAUUGCUGGCUUCAGUGAUGAGGAGAGGAGUACACUAUGGUUUGGUACUGCGUCUUCUGACAUGGAACCCGUGAGAGAACAGGCAGAGGAGACGGAAGGCGUCUCGACGAACGUGAGGCGCAGGAGAAGACGCAGACGCAGGCACCACGUCGAAGAGGAAGAAACGACCCACCGCUCCAAAAUUUCUCUCUCUUCACUUUCAUUCAGGAGCAAAUCCUCGCAGCCCAAGCUGAGACCCUCGCAAUCGUCUCUCAAAUCCCAGAAACCACGUCACCGGCCUAGCGAAGCCUCGCUGCAGUCGUUACGACUCCGACCACCGAGCCCAGUUGCGGACACGGCCAUCACCCUGCCCAUACUGAACAAUGGCUCGCAGCCUGUGCUUUUGCAACCGACAGUGUACAAUCCUGCAGCGCCAGCAGAGGAGGAUAUAUCUCCUGUUCAACGAAACAUGGAGCAAGAAGCGCAGCACGCACUGCUAGCGCAAGAUGCUUCGGCCCGCUACUCUGCGUUACGAAAGGCCAAAGCCGCCGUGCUGCAGAAGCUGUCCCGUGAAUUCUGCGCCAACGCAGCAAAGAAGACGUAUGGGGGAGGCGGCGCGGUGGCAGCGUGCAGGAUGAUGACCAGCCAUAAUGAGUCUCGACCCUGUGCUGUCGAGGUUCUCGAGGACCGAAGGGGUCUCGAUCGAGGCGGGAGCAUCAUGGUGCCCUUGAUGUUCAGCCGGGCAUGA